GCUAGAGACACGGGACGUUGACAGUGGCGCUUCUGCUCAUGUUCGCAGCCAGAUAACAGCGACCGAAGGGAUCUGGCGAACUGGCUUCACAUUAACAACUAUCUACAGUACGAACAAGCGGGGAUACGACGCAGGAAAACAAAGCACUUUUUGUUCUUAGUUAGGCCUGCGUUGCCUUUAACCGACGUGACGAAUUGGGGGAAACGAGUGAAAACGCCGUUCACGAGGUAAUCUGCUGCAUUUCCAGUGUUCCCACUUUUUGGAGAUUAUGUUGUGCGACUGCCUAAUUGAACGGUUGAAGCCCCAAAAGGUGGACUGCGCCCUGCCCAAUUUGUCGUGGUAACCCACCGCCAUGCCGUUCCCCUUUGGCAAGUCCCACAAGUCGCCGACGGACAUCGUCAAGAACCUAAAGGACAGCAUGACGGUGCUCGAAAAGCAUGACAUCUCUGACAAAAAGGCCGAGAAGGCCACGGAAGAGGUGUCGAAGAGCCUGGUGGCCAUGAAGGAAAUCCUGUACGGGACUAAUGAGAAAGAGCCUCAGACGGAAGCAGUGGCCCAACUGGCUCAGGAGCUUUAUAACAGCGGUUUGCUCAGCACGCUGAUAGCCGACCUGCAGCUCAUUGACUUUGAGGGCAAGAAAGAUGUAGCUCAGAUCUUCAACAACAUCUUGAGACGUCAGAUUGGCACUCGGACACCGACGGUGGAAUACCUCUGUACCCAGCAGAAUAUACUCUUCAUGUUACUAAAAGGGUACGAGUGUCCGGAGAUUGCCCUAAACUGUGGAAUCAUGUUGAGGGAGUGCAUCCGACACGAACCCCUAGCCAAAAUCACACUGUGGUCGGAGCAGUUUUAUGACUUUUUCCGAUACGUGGAGAUGUCCACAUUUGACAUUGCCUCAGACGCUUUCGCCACUUUCAAAGAUCUCCUUACAAGACACAAGCUACUGAGCGCAGAGUUUCUGGAGCAACAUUAUGACAGAUUCUUUAGUGAAUACGAGAAGUUACUCCACUCUGAAAACUAUGUGACAAAAAGGCAGUCCCUCAAGUUACUGGGAGAGUUGCUCCUUGACCGGCACAACUUCAGCAUCAUGACAAAGUACAUCAGCAAGCCCGAAAAUCUGAAACUCAUGAUGAAUUUGCUACGUGACAAGAGCCGCAACAUUCAGUUUGAGGCGUUCCACGUUUUCAAGGUGUUUGUGGCCAACCCGAAUAAGACGCAGCCCAUCCUGGACAUUUUAUUGAAAAACCAGGCCAAGCUCAUCGAGUUCCUCAGCAAGUUCCAGAACGACAGAACGGAAGAUGAACAGUUCAAUGAUGAAAAGACCUACCUGGUCAAACAAAUCCGGGACCUCAAGAGGCCUGCUCCGCAGGAGGCUUGAGGCAGGGUUGCCAAGGACAACGAGGGGGGCGGGGCCAUCAUGUCUCGACCGCUUAACACCUGCCUAACAGACCCAUCAGCUGCUGCUGUUCUGCUUUCUGAAGAAAAAAAUUUGGAAGCAAACUUAAAAACAACAACAAAAA